AUGACUUUUUUUGUGCCCCCGGCUGCUCAAACAAUCGUAAACGAAAUCCUAAACUGCAGUUCUACAGAAUUCCAAAAGAUACAGCUCGUAAAAAGGAGAAGUAAAAACAGUCUGAAAACUAGCGAUAACGAUGAAAACAUUCCACCACCUCAAAAGCCAAAGCGAAGGAGACUUGUUAAGGAAUCUAAAGAAGGAAAAGGAAGGCCGAAAUUAGCAGAACCGUGUAUAGACGACCAUAAUAUUUGGGGAACCUGUUUAAGCCCAAACAACAGCCUUAAAGAACAUGACUAUUGUAGGACACAAMUCGACCCUGAGUCUYUGAAAUYAGACCAGUCAGUUAUAGAAGAACUGUCUAGGUUAYACCAAAGAGUCACUCGACUAGAAAAAGAAAAUGACUUGCUUAAGACACGUUGUCUUAGCCUUGAUGAUUUAAAAGAGAAUGACAAGAAGUUUCAGAGCUUUACUGGCUUCCCAAACUACAAUACCUUCAAGGCUCUUUUUGACUAUCUGGAUCGUGUUGCUCUAUAUAAAAAGAAGAAUUGGAGGGGAUCCAGUAUGCAGAUUAAAGUUUCCACUGCACGACAAAGUCAAGCUAAACUGACCUUGGAAGAAGAGUUCUUUAUGGUGUUAGUCCCCCCGCGAGUAGGCUUGACAUUAACAGACUUAUCCCUUAGACUUGGAGUAAGCGAAUCAACAGUCAGUAGAAUUUUUACAACAUGGAUAAACUUGCUAUACUUUCAUCUGAAAGAGCUGUGUUAA